UAGUUAAGUUCCUUAUGUCCUCCCCUGAAAUUGCUUCCCUAUCAUGGGGGCAAAUGAAAGUACAAGGCGCUACUAAAACCUAUAAGGACUGCAAAGUGUGGCCAGGGGGAAGUCGGGCUUGGGAUUGGAGAGAAACAGGAACUGAGCAUUCUCCUGGUGUGCAGCCUGCAGAUGUGGAGGAAGUUGUCAAGAAGGGUGUACAGACCCUUGUGAUUGGCCGAGGGAUGAGUGAGGCCUUGAAGGUGCCUCCAUCCACUGUGGAGUACCUCGAGAAACAAGGCAUUGAUGUGCGGGUCCUCCAGACAGAGCAGGCAGUGAAGGAGUAUAACGCCUUGGCUGCCCAAGGCAUCAGAGUGGGAGGGGUCUUCCAUUCCACAUGCUGAUGGAGCCUUAAGGAGAAUAAAUCACUAAGCAACAAUG